UCCUGUUUAGAGUGGACUAAAAGAGGAAGAAGUAAUGGCGUCAGCCGAGGGACUUGAGCCUUCACGGACCCGAAAAAAUAGUAAUAAAAACAUAAUUGCAAGGAUCCGACAUGGACAUAUUACUGGCCGGGGAAUUUGUCGAGGCACAGAGAUAUCUGAGGCUCUACUCAAGGAGAGAGACCAUAAGGCCCAGUGGCAUGGGAUCCCAGUGCUACUGCGGAGACUGUAUGACAAGAGUCACCUCAACAGUGAUCUCUCCCAGAUCUACUUCAUUAUCAAGGAAGUUUCAUCUUUUCUCUCAAUGGAGGCCAUGUCAUUUGUGACAGAGGACAGGAAACCAGCACAGGAGUCUACCUAUCCCAACACAUACACCUUUGAUCUAUUUGGAGGUGUUGAUCUACUAGUGGAGAUUCUGAUGAGACCCACCCUGACCACACAGACAAAUGUCCCAAAAAUGAGUGAUGACCUUGUCAAGGAUUGUUUAAGUGUUCUGUACAAUUGUUGUAUUUGUAUGGAAGGAGUCACUAAAAGUCUGGCGUCACGAGACGACUUUGUCAUGUUCUUGUUUACACUCAUGUCAAACAAGAAGACAUUUUUGCAAACGGCCACACUGAUUGAAGACAUCCUUGGGGUCAGGAAGGAGAUGAUCCAGCUGGAGGACAUCCCCAACCUGCCCAGUUUGGUCCAGAGCUUCAACCAGCAGCAGCUGGCCAACUUCUGCCGCAUACUGUCCGUCACUAUCUCUGAGCCGGACAUGGGCAACGAUGACAAGAACACGCUGCUGGCCAAGAAUGCCCAGCAGAGGGCAAACCCCUGUCCAUCCUACUCAGAAAUCAACCAAGUGGCCCUGCUGAACAUCCCUGGCUUCAUUGAGCGCCUGUGUAAGCUGGCCACCAGAAAGGUGUCCGAGGCCUCGGGAGCAUCCAGCCUGCUGCUGGAGCUUCAGGACUGGUACACCUGGCUGGACAACGCCCCAGUGCUGGACGCUCUUAUGCAGAUGGCAGCAGAGGAUGCUGAGCACAGCAGCACAGAGUCCUCAGACGAGAGCUCUUUGGCCGCCAGCCCUCUUAGACACCGUCUGCCCCAGUCCAUGAAGAUUGUCCAUGAGAUCAUGUUUAAGGUGGAGGUGCUCUAUGUGCUCUGUGUGCUGCUCGUCGGCCGCCAGAGGAACCAGGUUCACAGAAUGCUGGCAGAGUUCAAACUGAUUCCAGGACUCAACAACCUGUUUGACAAGCUGAUAUGGAGAAAGCAGACAUCCACCCAUGUCCUUCACAGCCAGAACCAGAACUGUGACUGCAGUCCGGAGAUCUCCUUUAAAAUUCAGUUCCUACGACUACUCCAGAGCUUCAGCGACCACCAUGAGAACAAGUACCUCCUCCUAAACGCUCAGGAGCUGAAUGAGCUCAGUGCCAUUUCUCUGAAGGCCAACAUCCCUGAAGUGGAGGCUCUCGUCAACACCGACAGAAAUCUAAUCUGUGAUGGUAAAAAGGGUCUUCUGACACGGCUAAUUUCAGUCAUGAAGAAAGAACCGCCUGAUUCUUCAUUUCGGUUCUGGCAGGCAAGGGCAGUAGAGAGCUUCUUGAGAGGCACCACCUCCUACGCUGACCAAGUAUUCCUGCUCAAGAGGGGACUGCUGGAGCACAUCCUGUUCUGCAUCAUAGACAGUGGCUGUAAGUCCAGGGACGUGUUGCAGAGCUACUUUGACCUGCUGGGGGAACUUAUGAAGUUCAACAUGGACGCCUUCAAGAAGUUCAACAGAUAUGUCAACUCGGACGAGAAGUUCCAGACGUUCAUGACCCAGAUCAACAGUUCGCUGGUGGACUCCAACAUGCUGGUGCGCUGUAUCAUCCUGUCCCUGGACCGUUUCGAGGGUCAGACUGAGGACAUGAGAGUUGUGGAGGUGCUGUCAGAAUGCCGUCUGUUGUCCUACAUGGCCCGCGUGGAGAACAGACUGACCUUCCUCUUCAGGCUUGUCAACAUCAUCAAUGUGCAGACACUUACACAGGAGAACGUGAGCUGUCUGAACACCAGCCUAGUGGUGUUGAUGCUGGCCCGGAGGAGGGGCACCCUGCCCUUCUACCUCAACGCCCUCAGAGAGAAGGAGUAUGCAGAGAAGUACCCUGGCUGCCUUCUCAACAACUUCCACAACCUGCUGCGCUUCUGGCAGCGCCACUACCUCAACAAGGACAAGGACAGCACCUGUCUGGAGAAUAGUUCCUGUAUCCCCUUUACCUACUGGAAGGAGACGGUGUCGGUUCUGUUGGGCUCAGACCGGACUUCACUAUGUGCCAUAGCCAGCUACAUUGAUGAGGCAUACAUGGAUCUGGGCAAAGACUUUCUGGAAGUGUAGUACUUGUGAUGCUGCCUCUGGGACGAGUGGAAAGAUGGAUGGAAAGAAAACUGAUGAGAUGGGACGAGAGGCAAUGUCUCCAAUCACCUACGGACUGAACACAUCCCAGGUCCCACUCCUCCACAGAGCUGUUAUUCAGGGAUUCCUAGGUGUACAGAAUGGCUGUCUACACACUUCUGGGCAUGUGUAUGUACUGUAUUUUUGCAUUUGUGUGUGUGGAUAUGCUUCGGAGUCUGCGUGUGUGCGUGCGUGUUACGUCCACCGUAGGUGUAGGACUGGAUGUGUAUGUUGGUGAUGUGUUGGGGAAAAUCUAUUCUAUUGAAUCUGGUGGGGAAACAGACAGCCAAUCAGCAGCCCCAGAGGACUGGUGGGGAAACAGACAGCCAAUCAGCAGCCCUAGAGGACUGUGGUUCCUCCAGCCUUUGACUAACAGUAUGGAUAAGAUCUCUCCUUCCCUCUGGCAAAAAACCACGGUCCCACUUCAUAUUAAGUGUCGCCAAAACCCAGCAUUUCCAUGGUAAUUACAGUGGUAGGUAUGUGGGUACAUAUCUUACAGAGUACUUACAACUGGUAUACCUGUUUGUGUCAGUAUGUCUACGAUUGGCAAAUGUCUAUUUUCGUAGAUCAGUUACAUUUAAAACAAUCAAUUUUAGUUUGCAGAUGCAGUGCAUGUAAUUAAAUGUUGAUGUGCAGUAGCACCAACAUAAUGUUUAAGUACAACCAAACUACUUGACUAUCCGACUGCGCAAUUACUAUGACAAUAUGUUUUAGGGACAGUUAGUAGAAGUUGGACCAAAACAUUAAUAUUUCAGGGACAUGCAAUUGUUUUCUUUUGGUGGUCUAAAAAGAGGCUCUAUAUUUAAAGAAAUACAGUAUGAAAUAUGAUGCUUUUAAAUGAUAAAGGAUUUAGGUGAAAGAGGUGGUGGACUCCAGUCUCCAGAAAAUGGACAUGCAAGUAGAAUUAAUUUGUUUUAGGUCCAACACACACAGGAGGGCCUGUCUCCAAUCCUCCUUUUAGGAAAGACUUGUGGCAUGAGGCUCCAAAGAUUGUGGAUCUGUUUCAGAAUGUGAGUAGUACCUGGAUGUGACCUUGGGGUCUAGGAGCCCUUCUCAGUGUCUGUCGUCUGAUACACAGGUAUACCAUCCAACCUCUGUAACUUCACUUUGUAAAGCAAAUGACAGAAAUAACACAAAUUUGAAUCUG